AUGGCUAAUCGCCCCAACAAACGUCAGCGGAGAUUGGCCAUCCAUCCGUCAGAUCAGGACGCUGAGCUUGGCACAGAGAAUAACCAGACGAGACCUACUCACACGCCUUCUAGAAGGGCCAAAGCUGAUCCUGUAACCCUUUCAACUAAACCUUCACAACUCGAAGCGAAACAUAUCCCGUCGGGCCCAAAUCGAGCUUACUCCAGUCUCCGAGUCUACCGCUCCUCUCCGCCCUCCGACAAGGAGACGCGCACGGCAUCCUCCCUCCAGAAAUUCUUUGAACCUGCAAGUAGCGAACAAAGAUGCGAGGACGACAACAACAAUGACGAUAUAAUAGAUGAUGAUUAUGAUUCCUACGAUGAAUUAUUUACUCAACAUCUCGCGAACGAAGAGGUAGCGCGAGAUAUCAGCAACGACCAAACGCCUUCACGAGUGCAGUCACCCAAAAGAAGCACAAGUGUUGCGCGUAAAUCUACGAACACACGCAAACGCUUCGUCCUACCAAUGGUCUCUAAUCAAGAAAAUAACAGCUCACCAUCAAUCACCCCUCAGGCCCAUAAGCUGCCUUGGGCGCAGCAGUACUCCCCUACAAAUCUAGACGAGUUGGCGGUCCACAAGAGAAAGGUGUCAGAUGUGCAAAGUUGGCUUCGCAACGCCUUUGCUAGAACUGGAGAACGUAAACUACUUAUCCUUCGAGGUCCUGCGGGGAGCGGGAAAACGACCACAAUAAACAUACUGUCUCGGACGCUAGGGUUUGAUAUACUCGAGUGGAAGAACCCCCCAGUUUCAGAGUUCGCUACAAAAGCAUAUGUAUCGGUUGCUACUCAAUUUGAAGAUUUCCUAGGCCGCGGUGAUCAGUUUAGAAAGCUUGAUUUAGACGGGCCUACUGACCUUCCACAAGACUCUGAUCUCUAUGCUCAGCAGCGUGUCAUUUUGGUUGAAGAGUUUCCAACUCUCUUGCAUCGAGGCUCUUCUGGUUUGGCUGCAUUCAGGCUAUCUUUGCAGCGGUAUCUUGCUAUGGAAGCUACAUUACCCUCUUAUGGACUUAAUCGGAAUGGGAUCAAUGCCCAAGCCAGCUCUCCUGUUGUGAUAAUCGUUUCAGAAACUCAUCUCACAUCAGGUUUCUCGUCAGAAAGUUUAACAGUCCACCGGCUACUCGGACCGGAACUUUUCAACCACCCCGGUACAACCAUCGUUGAUUUCAAUAGUAUUGCCCCAAGUUUCAUGUACAAAGCCCUGAAAUUGAUUUUGGAAAAGGAAGCCCGCCAUUCCAAGCGCAAUAAGGAUCCAGGCCCUGCCAUAUUGCAAAGCAUCUCUAGAUCAGGGGAUAUUCGAAGUGCAGUUGCCUCCCUAGAAUUUCUGUGUCUUGAUGUUGGGCGUUGGGGAACCCCUGCUAUAAGGGGAAAGAAGCCAUGUCGCAACAACGUAAUCCUUACACCCACGGAGAAGGAGACACUGAAGCUAGUAACCCAAAGGGAGACUAGCCUAGGAAUAUUUCACGCUGUCGGGAAGAUUGUAUACAACAAGCGAGACGAUACGGGUGUUGCAACCGAAGGUUCUAUACUACCAUCGCCUCCAGAGCAUAUGCGGCACCAUGACAGACCGAAAGUCUCACAGGUCCCUGUUAAUGAGCUCGUGGAAGAGACAGGGACUGAUACACAAACUUUCAUCAGUGCCCUGCAUGAAAAUUACGUGCCAUCUUGCGAUGGCCCAUCGUUUGUGGAUUGUGUUGAUGCAUGUAUAGUCGCUUUAUCAGACAGUGAUAUGUUAUGUGCCGAUCAUAAAGGGCUGUAUGGGAGUCGUACGAAUAGAAGCAGUGCUGGCGUCGAUGUAAUGCUGCAGGAAGAUAUAAGUUAUCAAGUUGCUGCUCGUGGUUUACUGUUUGCUCUCCCUCACCCUGUGAAAAGACGUAUAGCGACAUCAACUCGAGCAGAUCGAUCGAGCGAUGCCCAUAAAAUGCUCUUUCCAAGCACGUUGCGGCUGAUGCAGGAAGCAGAGGAGAUUGGGGGCCUUACGAAUGUUUGGGUGAAAAAGCUGCUGAAUUCAUUUCGCAGGACAUCGUCAGACCUGGAUCCUGGCUUAUCCGCGUCGUUGACAAGAUACAAGCCAGAUUGUGUAGAAGAUUACGGCAAUGAUCAAGCGGGAAUCGUGACCAUGAUACCCCGAGAAGAUCUCGUGCUGUACCACCUACCAUAUCUCACAAAGAUCCAUCGCGGUGAGGUCGAGAUCGCCCAGCUUCGAAGGAUUACUGGAUUUCAUGGAGCCGGGUGCCCACACAGUUGCCAGGGAAAUAACCCUAAUGGAAGCAGCCUAUGUUUGGCUUCUGCUGGUCACGAUAUUUCUCAAAGGCUACACUCAACAAAUCUCAAAAGCAGCACUUUUGGGUCCCAGCUGCCGGUUAACUACGAGCAAGAGAAGAAGCUUAUCUUGAGCGAUGAUGAUAUUGUUGACGAUUUGGACGGCGUGGAUCGCUCAGUGGUCACGAACGGUCGUUCGCGACAGGCUGAUGAUCAUCUGAUUGAGCACGAUGGACCCAAGGAGCCAUAUGCGAGCUUAGGUAGCAUAACCACUACUGCGGCUUAUACUGCCCUUCCCGGCUGGACAACUAUAGCUUUCAUGAUCUCGCUGAUUUUCGGUGGUUGUUGUGCCAAUUUGGAGUACAGGUCUUUGCCCUGGAAGCCAUUAUUAAGUAAAUCAUGGCUGGUGUACACAACUUUCUUUGUGGCCGUCAACCUUCUAAACAACUGGGCCUUUGCGUACAAAAUCUCUGUCCCACUACACAUUAUCUUGAGAUCCGGGGGGCCCGUGGCGUCCAUGCUCGUUGGGUAUGCAUUCAAUGCUAAGAGAUACUCACACGGCCAAAUCCUCGCGGUAGCUAUGCUUACUAUAGGUGUCAUCGCUGCAGCGUUGGCUGAUGCUCGUAUGAAAGGUCAAUCCACAAGCGUUGGGUAUCACCAAAAUGAUUCCACUAUGGCUAGUACAAUGAUUGGGUUCGGUAUCCUUGCCCUAGCAAUGGUACUGUCGGCUUUCCAAGGAGUUUACGCGGAUCGACUAUAUGAGUCUUACGGCAGAAACCAUUGGAAGGAGGCCCUCUUUUAUUCGCACACACUUUCUCUGCCCCUCUUCCUACCAACCUACUCGCACCUUUUGGCCCAAUGGCGGGCGUUGUUGUCUUCGCCUUCGUUGCUCUCUAUAGUUUCUGCUAUCACUGCAAAAAAAGGGUCUGUCUCAAGCUCUCCCCUACUACUCGACACCGACUUAGCUACUACCUCAAGAACGGCGUUUGUGAAACCAGCGCCCAUGCCAAUCAUCAGCACUAUCAUUCAUCUGCUAGCAGAGCUUGAGCGUUUCAAGUCUUCCCAGUUCAUUCUAGCUUGUAUACCAAUACAGGUAUUCUAUCUUCUAAUGAACGCCCUAACACAAUAUCUGUGUAUCCGUGGGGUUCAUCUUCUUUCGGCGAAAUCAUCCUCACUAACCGUAACUAUUGUGCUCAACGUUCGAAAACUCAUCUCGCUGUUACUAUCCAUCUACCUGUUCGGAAAUGAUCUUGGGCCAGGUGUGCUUAUGGGCGCCCUUUUCGUGUUCGUGGGGGGUGCUUUAUAUGGUUUCGAGGGUGCACGGUUGAGGAAGGCACCUAAACUAUCUAACAAGAAAGACUGA